ACUGCAUGAGACUUGGUGCUGGGUGCCUGUAAAUAUCGAAGCCAUGUGGCGCUGUUUGCGGCUUUCAAUGCAAUGUCGCCCAGGAGCAAGGCCGCUGGUCGGUCCAAAGUUUGCUCCGAUGGUUUGCAGAGGUCUCAGCUGUUCUCGGCCACGAUGGCAGGAGAAACAAGGAGGCAACACAGAUUUGCAGCCCAAAGAAGGCAGCGCCUCCGUUUGGGAGCUGAUGCGCUCCUUGUGGCCACGUGAGGCAUCGCACCAGGGGCGGGUGGCCUUCGCUGCCACCGGCCUGGUGGCGGGCAAGGCGCUGGCCAUCCUGGCGCCCCUUCAGCUGGGGCACCUGGUGGAUGCCCUGGGCACCGCGGAGGCGCUGCCUAUGGGCCUCCUCGCAGCCUAUGGCCUGGCCCGGCUCUCUACGAGCGCGUUCAACGAGCUGCGGGCCGCCCUCUUCGCCACAGUGUCGCAGCGCAGCUGCCGGGCUCUGGCACGGCGCAGCUUCCAGCACCUCCAUACCCUGGAUACGUCAUACCUGCUCUCUAGCAAGCCGGGUGCCCUCAAUGUUGUGGUGAACCGCGCCACCAAGAGUCUCACGCAGGUGCUGAACAUGUUGCUUUUCAACGUGCUACCUAUCGCCGUUGAGUGCCUCAUGGCCCUGGCCGUCAUGGGCUCGCUGGCAGGCCCUGGCUGUGCCAUUGCUGCAACUUCAACCAUCGCUGUGUACGUGGUGUUUACAACCCAGUUUUCCAACCGCAGGCGGGAGAUCAUGCGGCGGGCCAACCGAGCCGAAGAGGAUGCCAGCGCGGUGUUCUACGACUCCUUGGCCAACUGCGAGGUGGUGAAGUACUUCCAGGGCGAGGUGCAUGAGACCAAGAGGUACGACCACGCGCUGGCGCGAUUUGAGAAGGAGCAGGUCUCAGUGCUGCACUCGCUGGCCAUGCUGAACUUCGGCCAGUCUUUGAUCGUGGUGGGGGGCUUCACCUCCAUCCUGGGCCUCACAGCCUCGCGGGUGCUGGCGGGCGACCUGCCGGUCGGCGACAUUGUGGCCAUUCACGGCAUCCUGGCUCAGCUGAUGCAGCCGCUGGGCAUCCUGGGCGGUGUCUACCGCGUCACCACUCAAGGCUUCGUGGACUUGGGCAAGCUCGCAGCCUUCCUGAAGCAGGAAGCGGGGGUUCCGCCGCCCGAGAACGGCGGCAAGGCCUUCGAGUUCCGGGGAGGCGGUUUGGAGUUCCGGGACGUGCACUACAACUAUGCCCAGGCCUCUGUGCUGCAGGGAACCUCCCUGGUGGUGCCCGCGGGUGCCAAGGUGGCCAUCGUAGGGCCCAGCGGUUCGGGCAAGAGCACGCUGCUCCGCUUGCUCUACCGCUUUGCAGACCCACAGAUGGGCCAGGUCCUCAUCGAUGGCCAAGACGUGAAGACGUUGGACCCCAACUUCCGGAAGUACCUGGGCAUCGUGCCGCAGGACUGCGCGCUCUUCAAUGACACAGUUCGUUUCAACAUCUGCUACGGGCGGCCAGAGGCCUCGGAUGCGGAGGUAGAGCGGGCAGCUAGCCUGGCCCAAAUCCACGAGCACAUCGCCUCAAUGCCAGAAGGCUAUGACACGCCGGUGGGCGAGCGGGGCAUGAAGCUUAGUGGAGGAGAGCGGCAACGCAUCGGCAUCGCCAGAUGCUUGCUUGCAAACCCGUCCGUGGUUUUGCUGGACGAGGCCACCAGCGCCCUGGACGUGCGAACAGAGCGCGCCUUGAGCGAGGCCAUGGAGAAGCUCAUGAGAGGGCGCACAGCGCUGAUCGUGGCGCACCGGCGCGCCACCGUGGAGCGAUGCGACCUGGUCGCUUUCCUCGAGGAUGGCGCAGUCCGCGAGCAAGGCCCGCAUCAGGAGCUGCUGCAGCAGAGCCCCAGAUACCGACGCUUCUGGGAGGGUGCGGGGACGAACGCAAAUUGAUG